UUUCAUCAACAGCCGCCAUUUUGACUAACUGGGACUGUGUGGGUAUUUGGAAUUUAUUCUUGAAAUUAUCGUUAUUUUACUUCUUCUAUAGGGCAUUUUUUCGCCUUACUAGUGACUUGGUGUGUUUUGUGUUACUUGUUUUGGUCAGUGUGUGUUAAAAAAGCGAUCAAGAAGGAAAAAUUGUGGGUGAUUUACUUUUGGAUCAUUGUGUGAGUUCCGUCGGAAGAUGGAGAGAGGUACUGUGUAGGCUCAUCCGCCAAUUUGGGGCUUCAUUAAGCUCAAUCGGUGACCGUGGAGCAUUAAUAUGUGCCUUGAAGAAUGCAUAGGACAUCGAACUAUUGGCACAUCAUUAAUAGAGCACCAUUUGUGGCGUCAGGCUUCAAAUGAGCGCUGUGUGGCGCGUUCAAAUUUCAUUAAAUACGAUACUGUGUAGUCUAGCAGGCACGGCUUGGUAAACAGGGAGAUAUGGCCGAUCAUCUCGUAGAUGGGCCGCCAAACAAGCGGCAGAAAAUGACUGACCCGUUUCAAGGACCAUCGGAUUCUUCCGUCUCGGUGGCGCCUUUAAUGAUGCACCAUGCUUUCAACUUCGGCUUGGCUACAUCUCUUGGGAACAGUGGUGGCGGGGGAAUACAGCAACAUCAACAACAGUGGAGUUCCCAGAAGACAAAUCUGUUCACAAACACCGAUAUGUUUGAUCUGGAGAAUGAGUUGCCUGAAGAGUUAAUGUCAUCUGGCACCUGGGGAAGUGCUGUAGAGCCUUCUGCCAGCAGUAAACCCCCAGCCACAGGACCUGGUCCAGGGGUUCAACCAACAGGGGGAGGUGGUGGUGGAAUGCAGAAUGGAGCUGUGGAUCAACAAUCUGGAUCUCAGGAUGCUGGUACAGGAGUGCAAGGCAGGCAUGUUGUGACACAACAACAGCUCUCGCACCAUCUCUUGCAGCAACAAGGCAACAAAAGCCUGGUUGUGAAUUCUAUAGCAAUGGCAACAGGUGCUUUGGCAAGCAAGAGCCCAAAUUUGCAGUCCCCACCUAAUGUUUCUGUAAGCAAGAGUGGUGUGCCGAUGGUAGUAAGCCUUAGCAGUCUCUCUGGCAGUUUAACUAGUAGCAUUGCCAGUGGAGUUGGUGGACUGCAGAUUAAUAGUCCAGCAAGUCUUCAGCAACCAGGGUCCAUGAACAGCAGUGGAGGUGGCAUGAUCAUGACUAGCAGUCCAAUCAAUUCUAUGCAUCAUCCAUCUGCUCCUGUAGGGCAGCAUAAUGCUGCUGCAGCUGCAGUAGGAAUGCAAAAUGGACCAUUGAUGGCACCUCGGACAGCAGUCAUGCAGCAAUCCCAUCUAGUAGCUAGGGGUCCGGCACCUCAAGUACACGCUGUUGGGAUGAACCGUAUGCCGGCACCAAAUAUGACUGCAAUUGGGCAAAUGGGCCAGACAAUGAGUGCUGGCAGUCCUUAUGGCUAUGGCUCGCCAGGUGGGGGUGCAGCUUCUCAAGGAAUAAAUGUGGGCAGUGGUGGGACAAGCGCAGGAGUUGUCACUCCUCAGCAGAGGACUGGUGUGGGUGCAGCAAUGGCCACCAUUCAGGCAUCAAGGUUUGGUGGAGCAGGAGGUGGAGCCAUUGGCCCUUCAGUAGUGGGAGUUAGUGCUGGGGAAGGAGGAAUGGCGCAGCAGGCCCAGCCACCUGCCCCAUCACCCGCACAGCCUCAGUCAGGAGCUCCAACUGGUGCUCAACCUGGUCCCCAGACGGCCACACAGGGACAGACAACACCUGUCACAACACCUCAAGGUGCUCAAGCACCUGCUGCUACAUCUACUGCUGAUCCAGAGAAACGAAAAUUAAUUCAGCAACAGUUAGUUCUGUUGCUACAUGCGCACAAGUGUCAGAGACGAGAAAGUCAAGCAAAUGGAGAAGUCUGGCAGUGUAAUCUUCCACAUUGCAAGACAAUGAAAAAUGUGUUAAACCACAUGACAACAUGCCAGGCAGGCAAAUCCUGCUCUGUGCCACAUUGUUCCUCAUCAAGACAAAUCAUUUCACAUUGGAAACAUUGUACGAGGUCUGAUUGCCCUGUCUGUUUACCUUUGAAACAGGCUGAUAAGAUUCGUAAUCACCAAAGUGUGGUGCAAAAUCAACAGCCAAACAGUAGACCUAACCCAUCACCUUCAGACAUGCAGAGAGCUUACGAUGCACUAGGUAUUCAAUGUCCGCCAACUACUGGUGGUUUGCUAACACCUACUACUAGCGUAGUCAGACACAGACUUGCAGCUGGUAUAGGUGUAGGACCUCCUCCACCUAACAUGCCAGGAACUACAGUAAGAGGACCUGUUCCACCUCAUUCACAAGCAGGUCAACCACAGGCAUCAGGGGUGCCAACAGCCUCACAGCAGCAGGUGGUUGCUCCAAAUGUUUCUCUACCGAUGAGUACCGACCCUGUUCCUACUGCUGGGCAACCACAACCUCAGCAAGGUCCAACUGCUGCAGCCCAAACAGCAGCAACUAUUCAACAAAGUGUUGCUAGUAUGCAGAAUGCAUUGUUUGGGCUAAACAGUGAUACCCAAGGAGGGUUGGGUUCAGAAAAUCUGUUGGCCAACUUGCAGCUCCCUGCCGGCUUUCCGCCUGGUCAAGUGACUGCUACUCCUGUGCAAGGGACCAAAGAAUGGCAUCAAUCUGUUACACCAGAUCUGCGAAAUCAUCUGGUGCAUAAACUUGUGCAGGCAAUAUUUCCUACACCAGAUCCUCAGGCAAUGCUGGAUAAACGCAUGCACAAUCUUGUUGCUUAUGCUCGGAAAGUGGAAGGUGAUAUGUAUGAAAUGGCUAAUUCAAGGUCCGAGUAUUAUCAUCUAUUAGCAGAAAAGAUAUACAAGAUCCAGAAAGAACUAGAGGAAAAGAGGCAAAGGCGUAAAGAACUGCAGCAGCAACAGCAGCAACAGCAACAGCAACAGGUUCAACAGCAGCCAGCACAACAAUCUCAACCACCUCAGCCCCAACAACAGCAGCAGCCCCCACAACCACCAACACAACCUCAACAACAGGCACCACAGCCGCAGAUUAGGCCAACUGCACCAGGUGUUGUUGCUGGAGUACCAACGCGCACAGUGGGAACUGCUCCUCCAAAUGUUCAAGGUAUGGUCCAUGGUGCUGGUUUGCCAACACUUACCACACAAAAUCGUAUGCAGUUUGCUCAGAAUUCUACACAGCAACAAACUCAACCACCUCAAACGCAGCAACAGACAUCACAGCAGCAACAACAGCAGCCACAACAGCAACAAAAUAUGCUUGUUGGACCAUCUGGCCCAAGUCCAAACAGCAGUGCAGGCACACCUCAAGGCGCUGGAGGUCUUGUUACUGUGUCAGGUGCUGGUCUCUCUCCAUUUGGUCAAGGCCCUGGGUCUGCAGCCUCGUCAACCACCAGUGCAGCUCCUACUGCCACUAGUCAGUUCAAUAAUGGUCUUGCAAGUAGUCCUGCUGGACAGUUCCCUGAGCGCCAACAACAGCAGCAGCAGCAACAGCAGCAGCAGCAGCAACAACAACAACAACAACAACAACAACAACAACAACAACAACAACAACAGCAACAGCAGCAGCAACAGCAGCAGCAGCAGCAGCAACAGCAACAGCAACAGUUAAUAAAGGCUCAGAUGGCUGCAGUUGCAGCAGCAAAUUCCAAUGCUGGGCAAACUGCUCCUGCUCAGCAACCUGCGACAACCCAGUUCACUAAUUUGCAGUCUCAAUUCGCCACAGCUGCAGCUGCUACAACCAGAGUACCUUCUCUUCCACCUUCUUCCACACCCACCUCCAUGGAUGUUUCUACUGGUCCACAGGUGGCCACAGUCACAACUCCUGGUGGUCCAUCUCCUGGUCUUGCUCCUUUGGCAGGUACUAAUAAUAAUAUUCCUCAGCAGCCCACAUCGACUGCUUCUGCACUAGUUCCUCCUGGUUUGCUGCAGCCACAGCAAACGCAACAGUCCCUGCAGUUGGCAUCCUCCACUCCUACUCCUGUCAGUGGUACACCUACUCCAGUACAAACCAGUGCUGUCCCACCAACAUCUUUGCAAAUCGUUACAGCAUCCUCAAAUUCCAUGUCAAAUGCUACAACAACUUCAACAGCAGCCAUGAGCCACCAACAGCAUUUAGCUAGCCUUGGCAAGGGAAUGUCUAGUGCGGAGCGGGCAAGUUUAGUUCAGACCAAUAAAUCUAGUACAAUGUCCAGCCAGAUGGCAGCAAUUACAGCAGCCUUGAAUCAGGAUGAUGAUUCACCUCCUCCAACUACCAAAGGAAAACUUGAUAAUAUUCCAAAUGAAUCAGAGAAUGGUUCAAUGAAAAUAGAAAUAAAACAAGAACCUGAUGUAGAUAUGAAUCAUAGACAUGAUGGUGGUGGGGGUGGGAAAGUAAUGAACACUGAGAAUAUUAAAACAGAACCCAAAACAGAACCAAUGGAUGAAUGCAGUGCAACAACAGAAAACUCUGUAGCUAUUAAGGAAGAACAUGCCAUCAAAGAGGAGCCAAUGACGCCAAUGUCUGCUUCUAGUAUGGGUGAAAAUGCUACCCCUGAUAUUAAACCACCAGUACCUGAGCCCAUUCAAGGUGGUGGAACACCAAGUGGUACGGAAAAGAAGAAGAAAUGCUUGUUCAAGCCUGAUGAACUUCGCCAAGCACUUAUGCCUACAUUAGAGAAAUUAUAUCGUCAGGAUCCUGAGUCAUUGCCAUUUCGACAACCUGUUGAUCCUCAGGCCCUUGGAAUACCUGAUUAUUUUGAUAUUGUGAAAAAGGCAAUGGACCUUUCAACUGUGAAACGAAAACUGGAUACUGGUCAAUAUUCCGACCCAUGGGAAUAUGUAGAUGAUGUAUGGCUGAUGUUUGACAAUGCUUGGCUCUAUAAUCGUAAAACAUCACGUGUCUACAGAUAUUGCACUAAGCUCUCUGAAGUAUUUGAGCAAGAAAUAGAUCCAGUGAUGCAGUCCUUGGGUUAUUGUUGUGGUAGAAAGUAUACCUUCAACCCUCAAGUAUUGUGUUGCUAUGGGAAGCAGUUGUGUACUAUUCCUCGUGAUGCAAAGUACUACAGUUACCAGAAUAGAUAUACCUUCUGUCAGAAAUGCUUCAAUGACAUCCCUGGUGAUACGGUUACACUUGGAGAUGACCCCACGCAGCCACAAACGACCAUAAAGAAGGAUCAAUUUAAAGAAAUGAAAAAUGAUCAUUUGGAAUUGGAGCCAUUUGUAGAAUGUACAGAUUGUGGUCGAAAGCUUCAUCAGAUAUGUGUACUCCAUUUGGAACAAAUCUGGCCACAAGGAUUCACUUGUGAUAAUUGUCUGAAGAAGAAAGGCAUGAAAAGAAAAGAAAAUAAAUUUAAUGCUAAGAGACUUCCUGUUACUAAACUUGGGACAUAUAUUGAAACAAGGGUAAACAAUUUCUUGAAGAAAAAGGAAGCUGGUGCUGGAGAAGUUUUCAUUAGAGUAGUGUCAAGUUCUGAUAAAAUAGUGGAAGUGAAACCUGGAAUGAGGAACAGGUUUGUGGAUACUGGAGACCUUGCUGAGCAGUUUCCAUACCGUGCAAAAGCACUAUUUGCUUUUGAAGAAGUUGAUGGUACUGAUGUAUGCUUUUUUGGCAUGCAUGUGCAAGAGUAUGGAUCUGAGUGCCCCACCCCAAAUACUCGACGUGUAUAUAUUGCAUAUUUGGAUUCAGUACAUUUCUUCAGGCCUCGUCAGUAUAGGACAGCUGUGUAUCACGAAAUUUUACUAGGCUAUCUUGACUAUGUGAAACAACUUGGUUACACUAUGGCACAUAUUUGGGCUUGCCCUCCUUCUGAAGGAGAUGAUUAUAUAUUUCAUUGUCAUCCUGUGGAGCAAAAAAUUCCCAAACCAAAACGUUUACAAGAAUGGUACAAAAAAAUGCUUGAUAAAGGAAUCAUUGAGCGGAUAGACAUAUUAAAACAAGCUGUUGAAGACAAGCUAAGCUCUGCAGCAGAACUUCCUUAUUUUGAAGGUGAUUUCUGGCCCAAUGUUUUGGAAGAAAGUAUUAAGGAAUUGGACCAGGAGGAAGAGGAAAAGAGGAAGCAGGCAGAAGCAGCUGAAGCUGCUGCCAAUGCAAUGAUGUCAACACAAGAUGAGAGUGAAACUGGUCCUGAUGGCAAGAAGAAAGGUCAGAAGAAAGCUAAAAAAUCCAAUAAGUCAAAAGCUAGUCAGAGGAAGAACAGUAAAAAGUCUAAUACUCCUCAGACAGGCAAUGAUCUUUCUGCAAAGAUAUUUGCAACAAUGGAAAAGCACAAAGAAGUUUUCUUUGUCAUCAGAUUGCACUCUGCACAGUCAGCUGCCAGUUUAGCUGCUAUUCAAGAUCCUGAUCCAUUUAUUAAUUGUGAUUUAAUGGAUGGCCGUGAUGCAUUCCUAACAAUGGCUCGAGAACGACAUUAUGAGUUUUCAUCACUCAGACGUGCCAAGUUCUCAUCAAUGUCAAUGUUAUAUGAGCUCCAUAAUCAGGGACAGGAUCGCUUUGUAUAUACUUGUAACAACUGCAAAGGCCAUGUUGAAACUCGUUAUCAUUGUACAGUCUGUGAUGAUUUUGACCUGUGUGUGCAGUGCUUUGAAAAAGAUCCACAUCCACACAAAAUGGAAAAACUUGGUCUUGAUUUGGAUGAUGGCUCAUCACCAUCUGAUCAAAAACAAGCAAAUCCACAGUCAUUGGUCCAUGCAUGUCAAUGUCGUGAUGCUAAUUGCCGUUUGCCGAGUUGCCAGAAGAUGAAGCGUGUUGUACAGCACACAAAGAUAUGUAAACGCAAAACUAAUGGUGGUUGUCCAAUUUGUAAACAACUUAUUGCACUUUGUUGCUACCAUGCCAAACACUGUCAGGAAACGAAGUGUCCAGUGCCGUUCUGCCUCAAUAUCAAACACAAAUUAAAGCAGCAGCAGUUGCAACAGCGUUUGCAACAAGCUCAGCUUCUCCGUCGACGAAUGGCUGUAAUGAAUACUAGGACAACUGUACCCACAGGAGCGUUGCCUGGAAAUUCAGUUGCUGGGGCUCUGACGUCAGGGGCAGUCAGUCCUGCCGGUAUUAUGACAAGUCCUCCAAAUCCAAACAGUAUGAUAGUUGGAGGAAUACAGUCUGCCCAUACCCCAGGAAUUGGAUUAAAACCUGGAACUCAAACACCACCUGCAAAUGUAUUGCAAGUUGUAAAACAGGUGCAAGAAGAAGCAGCACGUCAACAGGCUCCACAUGCCCAAGGACCAUAUGGGAAGAACACGUCUCUUGGGGUUGUGGGUGGGCAGGCACAAGUGAUGCCCCCACCUCCAAUGCAGAGGCCAAUGGGUCAGAUGGGGCCUGGACCUCAUCUUAUGCCAAUGGACCAGUGGACGCCUAGAUAUGGUUCCAACCCAGCUCUUCAGCAAAAUACUGGUUUGAGACAACCUAAUCCAGGAGGAUUGAUGCCACAACAGCAACAAGUCGUGCAAGUUCCCCCACAGUCACAACAGGCAAUUGGUGGCAUGGGUCCUUCCCACAUUGGUCCAGGUCCAAAUAUCAGAACACAGCAACCUGGAACAUCUCUUGGUAAUACUGGUGCUGGUGGAAAUGCACCUGGUGGGUCCUCUAUUCAUAAGCCUGCCCUACAACAACUUUUGGCUACAUUAAAAUCACCAAAUACUCCAGAACAACAAGCUCAGAUAUUACAAAUUUUGAAAAGUAAUCCUCAGCUUAUGGCUGCAUUUAUAAAACAGCGGCAGGCAUUCCAACUAUCGCAGGCCCAGAAUCAGAAUCAAGCAAAUGCUGGUCAAGGUCCUGGAGGAGUCAUGGUUCCUAAUCAGCAACCUCAACAUCAGCUACAGCACAUGAUGUCUCCACAGCAACAGCAGCAGCAACAGCAACAGCAGCAGCAACAGCAGCAGCAGCAGCAGCAGCAACAGCAGCAGCAGGGAAGAAUGCAUGUGCAGACUAUGUUGAGUCAACAAGGUGCCAGUGGACCGGGUGUUACUCAAGGAAAUCAGUUGACUCCUCAACAACAGCAACAGCAGCAUCAGUGGUACAAACAUCAGCAACAGUUAUUAGCCAUGCAACGUCAGCAGGCCCAACAACAACAACAGCAGCAGCAGCAGCAGCAACAACAGCAGCAGCAACAGCAACAGCAAGCAGCCGCUUUCCAACAACCUCCUCCUGCCCCUCCGUAUGGCCAACAACAGAGGUUACCGGGAGCGGCUCGGCAACAGCAUUUAGUAGGUUAUCCAGGUGGAGGCAUGUUCCCUAGUGCAGACCAGACUCAGUAUGUAGUAGGGGGUCAACCAGGGACUCAGGUAUUACAACAGCAGCCUGGUUUGAAACCUACUCCUCCCCCAGUGCCGUCCCCACAGGGGGGUGUGACAGCAGGUGCUACUAGUAUGAUGAUGGGUCCUCCAGGAGGAGCUGUCAGCAUAUCUGUGCAACAGCAACAACAGUUAAUGCAGGCCGUGAGAUCACCACCACCCAUUAGGUCGCCACAACCUAACCCGUCCCCAAGGCCUGUUCCAUCACCACGGAACCAGCCAGUGCCAUCACCACGUGGUGGGGGAGGAGGACCUGUGCCUUCUCCCCAUCACCAUCCUCCACCACCACACAUCACACCAACGCAUUCACCAGCCCAUCAUCAAUCUGAUUUGGCUAGUAGUAGUGAUAUAAUGCUGUCCCAAUUAUCUGGAGGUGCUGGAGCGGCAGGUCAACCCCAUGGUGCUGGAGCAGGCAUACCCCAUCAUCCAUCACCUGCAGGUGCAACAGGGGCGGGCAGUGCCGGCCCUGGGUCAGCGGACCUUAAUGACCCAUUGACUCCUCAGGACAAGCUCUCCAAAUAUGUGGAACAGUUGCAAUAGUGACAGUGAAAUGUUGUGACCAGGUACUUAAAUUAUAUUUAGACAUUUUUUUUACUUGCAGACUAUUCUGUACUUCCUUUCCUUUGUUUAAAUUAUGUGUGGGGAAUCAAAUUGCGUCAUUGAGAAAGUAUUAUUAGUAAAUUAUGUUGUUCGAAAGCUGUGUGCGUGUGUGAGUGAGUGAGAAGGAUGCAAUUAUUGCUGUACAGAUUCUACACGGUGCAUCAUAAGGAGAAAUUGAGGCUUUGGUCAUGUUUGUCCUUUUCUGUCCUUUUCUCAAUUCCUCGUAUGUGCUCGUUAAUACAAACAUCAGCAAGAGACGAUGUAUGAUCUUCAUUAUUUCGAGUGAAGAAAACGUGUCUGUUGUGGAUAGGUUUAAAGAUGUAAACAGUAUGAAAAUAAAACACUGCCGAAUUUCUUCUUACGUUCUUGUGUCUUCUGUAAAAAGACACUCCUGUCUUAGCGUGGUGCCCCGUGAUCGUGUUGUUUGUACAUAUUAACUAUAUCCCUUAGUGUUGAAGCCAGUAUGUUGCGUGUUGAAACCACAGUUGGCCGUGGGCAGGGUGGGAGGGAGGGUGGGAUGACACAUUGACUCACUGAUUUAUGGUAAUAACCAAAUCAGCUGUCCUUAUGUAUUUGACUUAGCAAAGGCUGUGUUAUUUUGUGCAGACUUCAUGGUGAAGCUGAAAUGUAUGUAUGUUGCAAAUAAACAAUUCAAGUCUUGUAAGUUCAGUAAGGACAUGCCUACUUACGACUGACAAGAGAAACAUUGUGCAUAAAGUGAGUUGCUGUUAAUAAGUUUUAAAUUAGGGAAGAUUUUGAAGUUUUCCUUCUUAAAACAGUGUAUAAUUGAAGAGAAAAUUUGCUAAAUUUUCACAGAUGUUUGUCGCCCCUUUCUCUUCAGCAGUGGAGAAGACAUUGCAUGAAAUAAACUACAGUGUAUACACUCGAUAUUGUUUACAAUUAUCGUAAUUUAAAAUAAGAGACAUUUGUAUAGCUAGUUGGUAAGUAGAUUGAAGUCCGAAAUUGUAACGUAGCGAAUAGUUUUGCCCCGCCCUUACCCCCAAUAUUUGUCCACGAUAUUAAAUAGCUAAUUUAAUUUCUUAUGGCCAUCCAAGUACCAUACUCAUUGGUUAUGUGUGUAUACAAAGGUAACUAAAGGAAGAAGUGUCCCAUUGGUAGCUGCAAAGUGAUUAAGAUUUUGUUAAUCACCGGACCUGUUUUAGUGUUUGCUGAUUGAGCUUUUAAAAUGUGGACUCUUCCAUGUGGUUUUAUGGGAGUGCAAAAUAAAUAUUUUUAAAGAGCAGAUGAGUGGCUGACAGAAAACUUGAUGUAUUUGUGAUGUCCUU